AUGUAUUUAAGUAUAAUAGUAUUACCUUUAUUAGGUUCAAUAAUUUCAGGUUUUUUUGGUAGAAAAGUUGGUAUAAGUGGAGCUCGUUUUUUAACUAGUUCAAGUAUAAUAAUAACAACUUUAAUGGCCAUUAUAGCUUUUUUCGAGGUAGGUUUUAAUAAUAGUCCUGUAUUUUUACAUUUAUUUAAAUGAAUAAACAGUGAAACUUUUAAUAUAGUUUGAAGUUUUCAGUUCGAUAGUUUAACAGUAUCUAUGUUAAUACCUGUUUUAAUUAUUAGUUCUUUAGUUCAUAUAUAUUCUAUCUCUUAUAUGAGUAGUGAUCCCCAUAAUCAAAGAUUUUUUAGUUAUUUAAGCUUAUUUACAUUUAUGAUGAUAAUACUUGUAACAGCUAAUAAUUACUUAUUAAUGUUUGUAGGGUGAGAAGGUGUUGGAGUAUGUUCAUAUCUUUUAGUUAGUUUCUGAUUUACUAGAAUUGCAGCUAACCAAAGCUCUAUGUCUGCCUUUUUAACUAACAGAGUAGGGGAUUGUCUUUUAACUGUAGGUAUGUUUGCUAUAUUAUGAUCUUUAGGUAAUUUAGAUUAUACUUUAGUGUUUUCAUUAACUCCUUAUAUUAAUGAAAAUACUAUUAUUAUUAUAGGAAUAUGUCUAUUAAUAGGUGCCAUGGCUAAAAGUUCACAAUUAGGUCUUCAUAUUUGAUUACCUAUGGCUAUGGAAGGUCCUACACCUGUAUCUGCUUUAAUUCACGCAGCUACUAUGGUUACAGCGGGAGUUUACUUAUUAAUUCGUUCUUCUCCUUUAAUUGAAUAUAGUUCAACUAUAUUAUUAAUAUGUCUAUGAUUAGGAGCUGUUACUACUGUUUUCAGUUCUCUUAUAGGUUUAUUCCAACAAGAUAUAAAAAAAAUUAUAGCUUAUUCUACUAUGAGUCAAUUAGGUAUGAUGGUUAUAGCUAUAGGUUUAUCUUCUUAUAAUAUUGCAUUAUUUCAUUUAGUAAACCAUGCUUUCUAUAAAGGAUUAUUAUUCUUAGGAGCGGGAUCUGUAAUUCACGGAGUAGGUGAUAAUCAAGAUUUAAGAAAAUAUGGAGGGCUAAAAGAAUAUUUACCUUUAACAUAUUCUGUUAUAUUAAUAGCUAGUCUUAGUUUAGUAGCUUUCCCUUUCAUGACUGGAUUCUAUAGUAAAGAUUUUAUAUUAGAAUCUGCUUAUGGUCAAUAUCAUUUUAGCAGUAUCGCUGUAUACUUUAUUGCUACAAUAGGUGCAAUAUUUACUACUUUAUACUCAGUUAAAAUUUUAUACUUAGCUUUCUUAGCUAACCCUAAUGGAUCAGCUAAAUAUUAUCCAUCAAAAGAUAAAAAUGUUAGCCAUGAAGGAGAUAUUUUCUUAAUUUUACCUUUAGUAGUUUUAGCUAUUUUCUCUAUCUAUUUUGGAUUUUUAACUAAAGAUAUUUUCAUUGGUUUAGGUUCAGGAUUCUUUACAGAUAAUAGUAUAUAUAUCCACCCUAACCAUGAAAUAUUAAUAGAUACAGAAUUUGCUGUACCUACUUUAUUUAAACUAUUACCUUUCUUCUUUACAAUAUUCUUUACAAUUAUAGCAAUAGUUUAUUUUGAAUUCUUACCAAAUCUAGUUAAUAGUUUCAAAUUAUCUGGUUUAGGUUAUAAUAUAUAUGGAUUCUUUAAUCAACGUUUCUUAGUAGAAUUCUUUUAUAAUAAAUAUAUUGUUAAUGUAGUUUUAAAUAUGGGAGGUCAAACAACAAAAAUUUUAGAUAAAGGAAGUAUAGAAAUUUUAGGUCCUUUUGGAUUAGAAAAAACUUUAUUAAAUUUAAGUAAAAUUAUUUCUGGUUUAAAUACAGGAAUUGUUACAAAUUAUGCUUUAUAUAUCUUAACUGGAUUCGUUGUAUAUGUAUCUUUAUAUCUAUCAUUAGGAGAUAGUUUAGACUUAUUUAUAUUAGUAUCAUUAUUCUCUAUAAUUAUAUUAGUAUUUUAUAAUUCAAAAACAAGAAGUGUACAAUAA